AUGCCCACGCUACGCAACGUUAAACUAGCAGCGGUAAUAGUUCAGUGGCAUAAUGGCGUAGAGCGCGUAAUUGCUUAUGCGACCACGACUCUGCUGCGCACGUCCGCUUUGCAGAGGCUGCGUGCCCUGUCCCUGCCGCCCUGCGGUCUGCGUCAAGUCGGCGCGGUGCACCGACUGGCCAUCCGCCUUGGGAACAUCGAGGACCUGGACAUUCGGCUCAAGUUCGAGGGGCGCCACAACAGCUGUCACCACUGCGACGGCGAAUUGUUGGUGGCACCUGCUGACGCGGGCCUGUUCUGCGGCAGCUCGAGCCGCCUCACUCUGAGCAACGUGCCGAACCUGGCAUCCUUGACUUUCCUCGAGAGGUGCCCGGUGGCCCACCUUCGGUUCAUCGACAUCUCUGACGAACCUCCUUACGACUUCGGCGCGCUAUCGAAGGCCAUACGCUACUGUACGAACCUGUGCUCGGUCGUCGUCAAGCUGUCGGCCAUCGAUUUCGAGAGCGAGUCUUUCCAGAAUUCCUUGUGCCCUGCGGAGGCCCUCGAACUCCUGUGCAUUCUGUCCUACACUGGGCUGCGGUCGUCGAAAGCGCUGCUGAUUGUCCAAGAAAUGGCCUAUCUUCUCCCAUCCAUCUACUACUUGCACAUUCACUUCGUAGAUGUUGAAACGGACGAGGAGACCAGCGCUACGUGGAUUCGCUUGCCGGGAGGCGAUACAGAGGGUCGGUCUUUCAUAGGCAAGCCCUGCAUCAUGUGCUCCACGGAGACGUUCAUCGCGCUCGUAAAGCCAUGUCGCCGGGAACUCUAGACCCAGCUGGCGGCAAGAAGUCACCGCAUUUGGCCAAAUCGAGGACGCUCAUUUGUUCCGUCAUGGUUCACCAUUUCCCAAGUGUAACCGCCGUCGAAC